AUGGCCACUCAAAUCAUGUGUCCACCGAUAACACCUCUUUCAUCUUCAAUAUCUAAUAUUUGCGGCAGUGUUAAUUCAUUAUCCUGCUUAGACCAAAUUUCAUCUGACCAGCAUCAUAUUUUCACCGAUGGUUCUGUAUUUCAGCCCUAUUUUGACAUCACUGGUUCAUAUCUGGUCCAUUCAAACCAUUCUGUUCAUAUCCAACAGCAAGGUCAGAAGGUGACAUGGUCAUAUGACUCAGCAUCACUAGCACAUAGACUUCAAGCACAAUAUAUCAAUGCAACUCAUAUAGUUGGUAUUCAAACUCGUCUCAAUUUAUUGACAAGAUGUAUCGUUUUAUUUAUUAUUCAAAUCGAGGUUACAGGGAACCGAAAAUAUUGUCACCAAGGAUCAAUCGCUCCAUUCUCGGAUAUAUGUGAAUUACCUGCAAACUACACAGAAAAAAUCUGUCGUACGAAUUAA